GCAUUUGCUAACCCUGAAGAUGCGUCAGUGUAUGGGAAAGGCGAGUUAGCAAAAAAGUAUUUGCGGAGUGAUCCAGACGUGGAGCGGAUACGCAGAAGUCAUCUGAAUGAUCUGGAGAACAUCGUUCCGUUUGCCGUCAUUGGGCUCUUCUACUCCAUCAGUGGCGUUUCCUACUCCACCGCGUGGUGGCACUACCACAUCUUCCUUGGGGCUCGAAUCUUCCACACCAUUGCCUACGUCAUACCCCUUCCCCAACCCUGCAGAGGAUUAGCUUGGGGAAUUGGUUACUUUGUGACCUUUUCCAUGGUAUACAAGUUGAUCAUGGCCGGCUUAGCUAUGUGAUGGAAAACGGCCGCUCUUACCACUGUGAUUGCCAUACCCCACCGUUGUUUUCUCAUGUUCCUACUUCGCAAGAACCAUUUCCACAUUGCUGUUUCUGCUGAGGAGUCUCUAAAUGUCUGUCACGGAGCCCGUGUAGUGUACCUUGGGGUAUGCUGUCUGUUUACUGCGGAGUAUCUUGGGCAUUUCAUGCCUCACGAUUGUCCCGUACUGACAAGAGUGAGACCGAGAAUACAUCCAAUUGUUCCCUAGCAGCUGCACAUACCAGGCAGGGGUCAGUAAGUGGUAGGCAAGCUGUUCUUUAAGAACAUAAGAGAAGCCAGGGCUAUUUUUGGGCAGGA